GAAAAUUACUACUGUAAAUACUGAUUCAUUAUCUUGUCCAAUAAUGUCGUCAUAGUUUUCAAGUCAUAGUCUCAAUGUUUUUGUUAGUCUAUACAAUAUUUAUCAAUUAAAAUCACUUUCUUUAAUUCGGUUACCAUUUUUAACUAUAUGUAAAUUUCAUCGACACUGCAGAAUCUUUAACACAUUGUCACAUUUACACGUCAUUAAUAUUUUUAGCUUGGUUACGUUAUUGGCAAUAUGUUCAAAUCCAAUUUCGAAAAAUUACUUGAUAAAGUGACUAGUAACUUACUACUAGAACCUGAUUGGCCAUCAACAUUAGAAAUAUGUGAUUCUAUCAGACAGAAAGAUGUGCAGCCUAAAUUUGCUCUCAAUGCUAUAAAGAAAAAACUAUUAAGUUCAAAUCCUCAUACUGCUAUGUAUAGCUUACUGGUAUUGGAAUGUUGUGUUAAAAAUUGUGGUCAACUUAUACAUGAUGAAGUAGGAUCCAAGCCUUUUAUGGAACAAAUGAGAGAAACUAUUAAAACUACUCCACAUGAAAAUGUCAAGAAUAAAAUUUUAGAACUACUGCAAACAUGGGCAUUUGCUUUUCGAGCAGUUCCUAAAUAUUGUGCUGUUCAAGAUACUGUUAAUAUCAUGAAAGCAGAAGGCUAUACUUUUCCUGCCUUGAAAGAAAGUGAUGCAAUGUUUAGUUCUGAUGUUGCUCCAGGAUGGGAAGAUUCUGAUUGUUGUCAUAGAUGUCGUGUUAAAUUUGGAAUGGUGCAGCGUAAGCAUCAUUGCCGAGCUUGUGGACAAGUUUUCUGUGCACAAUGCUCAUCUCGAUCUUGCACUUUACCUAAAUUUGGUAUUGAAAAACCGGUUCGUGUUUGUGAAGCUUGUUAUGAAAAAUCUAAUAAAUCCCAUUCAACCAAAGGAUUAGAUGAUCUCCCAAUCGAAUAUCUUACAAGUUCUUUAGCUCAACAAAAUCAGGUACCAACUAAUAGAAAAACAGAAGAAGAACUCAGAGAAGAUGAAGAAUUACAAUUAGCUUUGGCACUUUCUCAAUCUGAAGCAGAACAACAGAAAGUGCCAUACAUAAGUUCAGUUUUAAAUCAAGCUUCUCGCUUAUACUCAUCACCACCAGUAAAAGAAGAAAAAACAGAAGUUGAAGAAGAUCCUGAAAUGGCUCGUUAUUUGAAUCGUUCUUAUUGGGAAAAUCGAACUGAAAAACAAUCAAAAACUUCACAAUUUAAUAAUUAUUCAGCAGCUAAUACAAUAUCCAACACAGCUAUUAAAAAUGAUCAGUGUGAUGAUGCUGAAGAAAUGGAAGCUUUCAUAACAUCUGUGAAAUCACAAUUAGAAAUUUUUGUAAAUCGUAUAAAAUCAAAUUUGAGUAGAGGUAGAACGGUUAUUAAUGGUGGUUCAUUAGAUACAUUUUAUUCCAAAAUUACACCUAUGCACCAAAAAUUAUUACAAUAUAUUCAACAGCAGGAUGAAAAGAGAUUGUAUUAUGAAAGAUUGCAAGAUAAAAUGGUUCAAGUUAAAGAUACUAGAGCAGCAUUAGAUGCUAUGAGAGAAGAUCAUAAAGCUGCUUUACAGCAAGAAGCUGCUUUUGCAGAACAACAAAAGCAAUUACAAUUAGCAAUGAAAUUGGAUAUAUUAAGACAGAGAAAACAGCAGUAUCAACAAUAUCAACAUCAAAUGACACUUGCACAAGUUCAACAACAAGAACAAGAAAUGGCUAUGCGAAUGGAGCAUCAACGUCAAAAUUAUCUUACAACAAAUAUGUAUGGGCCUAGUUCAUUACCAAGUAUACCAACAGCACCAACAUCAUACAUGCCACCUGGCCCUAACUCAGUGAUAACUUCUCAACUACAAGAAAAUAAUGUGAGAUAUCAGCAAUCUACAGAGCCUACUCAAUUUCAACAUGUAUCUCAAUCGCAAAUUUUCAACGGAAGACACAUGAUACCACCAAAUCCUAGUGUAGCUCCAAUUAGUCAGCCUGUUAGUUUGCCAUCUAAUGAACCUAAUAAUUUAGGGCAAACUAAUCCAAAUAUUUCUCAACCUAUAUACCAGCAACAGAUGUCAUCAAUGACAAAUGUCAUCAAUUCGGGUAUCCCUAUUAGUCAACCAAUUAGCUCAGUACAACAACAACAACUUUCUGGUGUUGGCUCUACACAACCAAUGAUACCAGGCCAUCAUCAAGCUCCUAUGCCUCAUUUAGGACAACAACGUCCAAUGACUGUUGGACAACCAAUGAUACCAAGUCAACAUCAGCAACCAAUGAUUGGACAGAUACCACCUAUGUCUUAUGGAACACCACUACAUAUGGGACCUUAUGGACCUCAGCAUAUACCUAGUCAACAAAUCAAUCCACAGCCUUCUGCUCCCAAUCAAUUAGAACAACCUGCAGUUGCUGAAUUGAUAAGUUUUGAUUAGUUAAAUAAACAACAUUCCAAGUAUACAUUUUAUCACAUAAUAUAUUUAUUAAAACUUAACGUUAUUUUAAUUUUGUGGGUAUUUUAUUAAAUUGUUUAUUAUUUACAAAAUAUAAAUAUUAUAUAAAUUUUAAUAUAUAAAUAGUGCUUUAAAUAAAUAA